GUUGGCAUGACGAUUGUGAGGUAAAGAGUAGGAAAAGCAGGAAAGUAAAACUAACCCAUCAUGACUUGGGGAUUUGUUACUUGCGGUCCGAAUGAAGCACUUGUUGUUUCAGGAUGUUGCUAUAUGAAGCCUUUGCUUGUCCCUGGUGGACGUGCUUUUGUGUGGCCAUCAAUUCAACGUGUUCAAAGAAUUUCAUUAAACACCAUGACACUUCAAGUAGAGUCUCCAACAGUUUACACUAGCCAAGGUGUUCCCAUUUCUGUCACAGGUAUUGCCCAAGUAAAGAUCCAGGGCCAAAACGAAGACAUGCUGUUGACUGCUUGCGAACAAUUUUUGGGCAAAUCAGAGUCUGAGAUUCAACACAUUGCCUUGGUAACAUUGGAAGGACACCAACGAGCAAUUAUGGGAUCGAUGACCGUUGAAGAAAUUUACAAAGAUCGCAAGAAGUUCUCCAAGCAAGUCUUCGAAGUGGCUUCAUCGGAUCUUGUCAACAUGGGCAUUACUGUUGUGUCAUACACAUUGAAAGACAUUCGUGAUGAAGAGGGUUACUUGAAAUCUUUGGGUAUGGCACGAACAGCUGAAGUCAAACGUGAUGCGCGCAUUGGUGAAGCUGAAGCACGUUGUGAUGCACAAAUAAAGGAAGCGAUCGCUGAAGAACAGCGAAUGGCAUCUCGUUUCUUGAAUGACAUUGAAAUCUCAAAAGCCCAACGAGAUUUCGAACUUAAGAAAGCUGCUUAUGAUGUCGAAGUUCAAACCAAGAAAGCAGAAGCUGAAAUGGCCUACGAAUUGCAAGCUGCAAAGACAAAGCAGCGCAUCAAGGAAGAACAAAUGCAAAUCAAAGUCGUUGAACGUACGCAAGAAAUUCAAGUGCAACAGCAAGAACAAAUUAGACGUGAACGAGAAUUAGAAGCAACAAUUCGACGACCAGCAGAAGCAGAAAAAUUCCGUCUAGAGAAAAUAUCAGAAGCCAACAAAAUGAGAGUUAUCUUAGAAGCUGAAGCAGAAAGUGAAGCUAUUAAAAUUCGUGGUGAAGCCGAAUCAUUUGCCAUUCACGCUAAAGCUAAAGCUGAAGCUGAACAAAUGGCAAAGAAAGCAGAAGCUUACAAGGAAUAUCGUGAAGCAGCCAUGGUUGAGAUGCUUCUUGACACAUUACCAAAGGUCGCAGCUGAAGUUGCCGCUCCAUUGUCUCAAGCCAAGAAGAUCACAAUGGUGUCAUCAGGCACUGGUGAGAUUGGCGCUGCUAAACUGACGGGUGAAGUUCUUUCAAUCGUCGGCCGAAUUCCAGAACUUGUCAAACAAAUGACAAACAUUGACAUCUCGAGGUCUGUGCAUGCUGGUUAAGUAUUUCAUAGCGUAACAUUAAAAACAUGAUAAAAGAAAUGUUAAGAAAGAACAAAAAGACAAAAAUCAUUGUAAACUCGAAACUCAAAUAAGAAAAAAAGAAUUGUUUUCGUCUCGUGUAACUUUUUUGUGUCUUUUAGUGAGUAAGGUGAGUUUCAAAAAUGUAAACAAAAAUUGCACUUGAUAUGAUUACCUACUUUUGUGAAUGUUUGAAUAUGAAAUUUAAAAAGCUUUUUGAGUUUUUCACAUGUAGAAAGAUCUCAAUUACUGUUGGUAUUAUUUAAUUAAAUUAAACUUCAAGUCUUAAUGACAUACGAUGAAUUUUGACAUUACAUUUGAUCUCAUUGGAUAUUUGAUCUCAUUUUUAUUUAACAUUUGAACACAAAACAUUCCAAAUUUAUAUUUAUACUCGCUUGUUUUGAGGAUUUUUAUAUUAUCCAGAAAACCUCAGUAAAUUACCUACAUAUACAAUUAAGAGCUUCAGUCAAGAUAUUUAUAUACAGAAGAAAAGUAGCUUAACUUUCUUACUUAAUCAAAUUGAUAUCCUCAUACCAAAGUUAAAUUUUUAUACGAGAAAAUCUUUUAAUGAUUUUUUACAUCUCGAGUUUCAAGACAAAUCUUAUUAUUAAAACAAAUACCAUGAAUCUCAACUGCCAACUUUUGAUGAUGAUACUUAAUUUAAUUUUAAAAUAUAAACAAAAAGAUGUGAAAAUUAUUUAAUUGCACUUAGUAAAGAUUUUAAAUGUAACUGAAAAAUAAGAUGAAAUUUAUGGAGAAAAUCUCGUAAAAGAAAACGAUUAACGAAAUAUAUUUUUAAUACAGUUCAAAACAUGUUUUGAGAUGAUUGGUAAUGAACUUUAGAACAAUUGGAAUUUUUAAAAUUAAAUUAAUAAAACAAUUUCUACCGUCUGAAGCUGAAAGAAAGAGAACGUUUUGUGUUUCAUUCGGUACAUUCACCAGCAAUGCAUUUACCGGUAACACAACACGUGUUUCUCUUAGUUAAAGACGGUAGCAAAUUACUGAACAAUGUAUUGAAAUUAGCAAAUAUGAAGAAAAAUGUUUAUGUUUAAUGACAGCAGGUUCAACCUCUCGACGACAACCUGCUACCUACAGCCUAUUCAUUUCAAGCUUUUGCGUCGAAAUACAAAAAAUAUUUUUCUGUAACGCAACAUUUUCUCAUUAAAUAAAAUAUUUACAUACAACCAAA